CUCACAUGGAAUUCAUUUCUUCAAUAAAAAGGGUUCUUGAUGUUCAAGCGACUUGACAGCAUAAAGUUCAUUCAUUUAUCAAAGGACUCGCAGCACAAAAAGGCCCCAGUUAGCUAAAGACCCCUAUUCCGACAAAAGCCCCCACGCAAGCUAAAUUUAGACGAGUAACCAUAGUCAUGGGUCAAACGAACAGCAUCUCGGCAGAGAUUGAAAUCCAGGCCCCGCCGUCGGCAGUGAGAUCAGUGUUUCUCAAGUUCAGUAAAUACAAGCAGUGGAGUCAGAAGUGGGCUUUCGAGCCGACUGAGCCGGGAAAGGAUCCCUCGGAUCUCAAGGACGGCGAUAAGAUCAAGGUUGACAUGGGAGGGAUGGCUUUCAGUCCGGUCAUCAUGGAAAACACAAUAGAGACGCUCCAAUGGGUGGGGUCGAUUCCGCUCUUGUUCACCGGCAAACAUGAGUUCUGGUUCAACCCAAGUGAGCAAAACUCUGGAGGCACCAAGUUUAUCCAGGUUGAGGAGUUUCGUGGCCUGUUGGCGUUUCUUAUGGCACCAAGGUGGGGUUUCAGGCAGAAGACUCUCGUCGGAUGGAACCAGUUCAAUGAAGAUCUGAAGAAGGAAGUUGAGAGACGCCCAUUCUGAGGCGUAAUUCGUCUCGAUCAAAGACUCUUGGCGAACACUAAGAGACAAGCAGAUGGUUUAAGGGUUGGAACUGAAUAUGACUGAAAUGAACUUUUGAUGAUAAACAAACGCUGUUUCCUCAGACUAGUUUACAUACUGUCGGAUUGGAAGUCCAAUUCGACCUCGGGGCAAGCGCCCGCGCAGGGACCACUUACAACCCAUACUUGCGAGAAUCGCAGCCUGCCC